CCCCUCCUCCUCCUCCUCCUCCUCCAACCCAUACACCACCAACCAAUCUCUCCCCUUUGAUCAGCAAUGGAAAACGCAAACCCAACAGUCCACCACGUCGCAACCCGCUCCUCCCCCAAAGACCAAGAUCCUUUCGCCGACAUCCUCGCCUCCACUUCUUUCUCCGAUGGCAGUGGCGACACAGACUCCGACACCUCCUCGAACUACGAUGACGAGGAACGAGCUGAUCCAAUCGAUGCACAAGAAGUAUACGAUCUCCUAGCAAACAUCACGGACCCAGAACACCCCCUAACCCUCUCCCAACUCGCCGUCGUCAAUCUCCCCCACAUCACCGUCCACGACCCCUCCUCCUCCAACUCCCGGCCCACCCCAUCCACAGUCCUCGUCGAAAUAACCCCAACAAUCCCCCACUGCUCAAUGGCCCAACUAAUCGGCCUCUGCGUCCGCGUCCGCCUCGAACGCUCCCUCCCCUCUCGUUUCCGGGUCGACGUCAAAGUUAGGGAAGGGACGCAUCAAAGUGAGGGACAAGUGAAUAAGCAGUUGGCGGAUAAGGAGAGGGUUGCGGCUGCUUGUGAGAAUGAGCAGUUGAUGGGGGUGUUGGGGGGCAUGAUGGAGACUUGUGUGUGACUGACUGUGCUGUGUGGGUGUGUUUGAAUGUGUUUGAGUUUUUGGU